UUUCCAUUAAUUCAGCUGUGUGGCUGCCGCCAGAUUACUCUUCAUGCCUGCACGAGUCUUUUGAAGAGACAGAGAAGCUUGUCCAGAGAACACGCACAAUUUUCCGUACGUUUGAUUCAUGCGAGGAAAAAUCUCACUUGCUCAGUGAGCUUCACGCUACUCUGACAACUUACGUCAGUGGGUUCACACACUUGCCUGGAUCGUGUGAUAAGAUUUUGUCUCUCAUGGACCUCGUUCGACAAAUUCCUCUCAAUGUGCAUGGCAACAACGACAGCUUGUCGGGAGCCGAGCAAAGUCACUGCUUGUACAGCCACUGGCAUAUGUUGUGGACCAUCGAUUUGUUGGCUCGGACGCCGGAGCUGGUCCCUUCCAAGAGAUGGCCGAGUUUACAGAACCUGCUACACGAAGUCGCUCGAGACUACUGGUCCAGUGCCUACAGAAGCUAUUCUGAUUUGAAUUCUGUGACGAAUUUCUCGUCGUUCAAGCCUGUGAACCUGACUGAUGCCACGCUACCUGUCGCAACUACUGAUGUCAUUUUCCAGCCUGGCUACGAAAGAACGUCGAUAAACAUCUCGCUGCAUUGGACGAACUCGUCCUACAACUCGAAUGAUGACGACAAUUCCUGGCAAGGUGUUGGCCUCAUCUUACACCAGGGAACCGCCAUCUUUCCUUACUACGCCAAUGUGGUGGUGCUGGGCGCAGCGAUGCUCGUAAUGCCGCCCGACUCUACAGGAGGCGUUCUCAAGAUGACGGUACACGCAGCCACGUUGCUCCUGCUCAACGUCACCAGUGAAUGGAGGAACUCCCUGCAGUGUGGCCGGGUGGACGGCUUUAUAGACACGUCAGGGUGCUCGGUCUCCAUCGUCCAUCUCCCGUCCUCUGCAGCGAGUGUUACCUGCACCUGCCUUGUGGCGCGCGGUGUUGUGUCGAUUUUUGUGCCCCAACACAACUCGUCUUCAGUGCCUCUUCUCGGGGCGUCGUCGCAGUCAUCAAACAUGUCCGUGAACGGCGUGCUGUUGUGCGGGUGCCUCGUGGCGGGCAGCGUGGUGGUGGUUGCGCUCUGCACCACGCGCUGCUGGCGACGUUCCUCCGACGUGUUCAUCACCUGCGCUGGCGUCACCUUCGUCAUCCUCAUGGCAGCGAUAGCUACGAUCGCGGUGGCUCCUCGUCUUCAUAAUUCGGAACUUCUGGUGCUGGCGACUGGCUGCAUCCUUCUCAUGAUGAGCAGCUGCUUCGUGCACCAGAUAUACACGGCGCAUCUCAUCUCCCUGCCACCGCUCCCAGACUCUCUGCCGUCCGUCGAACCUCCCAUCCCUCGUCUUGCCUGCCCCAGAGGCGUUAAAGUCGCCGCUUUCAUUUCUGCCGUUGGUGUGUUGUCGUUCACGGCGAUCCUUUGGCUGCUCCUCUGCACAUCAGUACACUUCCCCGGGCAUCUCUCGGACCCCCGUAAGGCAUCGAUGUUGGUUCUGGCGGUCGCUCUCGUCCUCACGCUGCUCUGGGGAUCUUGGGCGGGUGCUAACUACCUCGCUCUCUACCGACGACGUUGUGGCCUCAGUAAUUCUCAGGCCAAUCAACAACUGGAAACGAGUGUGCGGCGCAGUAUGAUGCUGCUGGGGGGCGUGUGGCUCUUCAUGCUGAGCGGGUUGGUGGCUGAGCAGCCGCAAGGACGAUUUGCCUUCAGCGGUUGUUCGUUGCUCAUGGCCUGCCUGCUGAGCUACUCCAUCAUCGAAGAUCAAACCGACAAGCUCAGGCGUCCUUCGUCCUCGCGCCCUGAAAUGACUGGCAAUGCGUGUUGGGCUUCAACUAAAGCCUACGUCUCUGCAACAGUUAGGUGCUUGUUCUGCAAUCUUCGUGCAAGUGAUGAGCGUUCAUCUACAAGUGACGCGAACUGCUCUCAACAAAACGGCAGUCACCGUGAUUCGAGAACAGGCAGUCAGGUCUCCAUAUACCCAGACGGUGUUCACGCGUACUCGUAUCCCUUACACCGGCUCUCGGCGAGCAGCGCGCAACUACCAAGUUUCGGAGUAUUGAGAAAAGAAUCAAACUGCGUACAAAUCCGUGUGCUUUCGUCCCCUGUAGGUUAUCUUGACAUGUCCAGUAACGUGCAGGGUCGAUACAUAAACAUGCCCAAUAACGUUGUGAUUCCAGCCGCUCCAUGUUCGCUCCCUGACACAGAAUUAGAGGAGCCUCCUCAUGUUUAUGCCAGUAUUGAGGAAACUAGUGUUGAAGAUGUGCAAGAUUACAUGUCAAUGACAAAACUGUCUAUCUAAUUUUAAAAAUUAUUUCUAUCCUCGGGAUGCGAAUGCUAAGGCGCUCGAAAUUAGUUGCUUUUUGGGUCUUCAUUCACAGUAAAUUACAAAAAAUUACUUAGUCGUCCCUUUUGCCAUUGCUCGCUUAUUUCCGAUGGGGUGCUUGCGGAUUGGAAUCCGGACUUUUUACCAUUAGUUUAAACAAAACGUUUAUAUCAUUUGUACUUCCUUUUGUUUCGUGUCAUAGAAAUUUAUCGUUACAAACCUCUUUCAAACGUUUAUUUGUUACUGCAUGCAAUUUUUUUGCAUGCCCAUGUUUAGUGUUCAGUUCUUGUUUAGUUCUAAAUAUUGUAUCUAUGAUGAUCAAUAGAUAAUGCGGUUGUCU